UGUGAGGUUGUGGACGACGAGACAUGGGCCACUGUCCUGCCGCACAUCCACGUGCUGAGGUCGACGAACCAGAUCAAGGGCAUGUUCACCAUCAUCCGUAACCGAGAGACGGUCCGGUCGGACUUUGUCUUUACCUGCGACCGGCUGACCCGGCUGGUAGUCGAGUUUGCGCUGUCGUUGCUUCCGUAUGAAUCCAAGACAGUGAUCACGCCGACCGGCGACGAGUUUGUCGGCCUCUCGUGGGCGUCGUCGAUCUGCGGCGUGGCGGUCAUCCGGUCCGGCGAGUCGAUGGAAGACGCUCUGCGGUCGGUCUGCGGGCCGGUUCGCAUUGGCAAGAUCCUGAUCCAGAAGAACACCGAGGAGAACUCGCGCGACCUGAUCUACGCGCGGCUCCCGGAGGACGUCUCGUCGCGCAAGGUCCUGCUCAUGGAUCCGGUUGCCUCAUCGGGCCGCACCAUCAUCCGCGCCAUGAAGGUUCUUCUCAAGUCGGGCGUGCCUGAGGAGAACGUCAUCCUGGUUACUCUCGUUGCCUCGCGCCGCGCCGUCUGCUCCAUCCUCGCCGCCUUCCCGGGCCUCACCAUCUGUGUCGGCGAGGUCGAUGAGGCCGUCAAGGGUGACUACGUCGUUCCUGGUCUCGGCACCUUUGGCGACCGCUACUACGGCACGGACAUAUGAAUGAACGCGAUUUACUCCGA